GCCCUGCGAGGAGGGCCGCGGGGAGGAGGCGCGAAGCGGGCGCGAGGGUGGCCGCCGGAGGGAGCCGCCGCCCCUACGCGCCCGGGUCCCCGCGGGGCGCAUGGGGCGCUUCGAGCCGGGAUCGCGCGCGGGCGCGGCGUCCAGCUCCCCGCUGCCGUGAAGCCGCGCCGGGACGCUCCCGGACCCCAACGUGCCGCGAGGAUGACCAUGGCGGGGGGCAGGAGGGGACUGGUGGCCCCGCAAAACACGUUUCUGGAGAAUAUUGUCCGGCGGUCCAGCGAUACUAAUUUUGUGUUGGGGAAUGCCCAGAUAGUGGACUGGCCUAUCGUGUACAGCAAUGAUGGAUUUUGCAAGCUGUCUGGCUAUCACAGGGCGGAAGUGAUGCAAAAAAGCAGUACCUGCAGUUUUAUGUAUGGGGAGCUCACUGAUAAAGACACCAUUGAAAAGGUGCGGCAAACAUUUGAGAACUAUGAGAUGAAUUCCUUUGAAAUUUUGAUGUACAAGAAGAACAGGACACCUGUGUGGUUCUUUGUGAAAAUUGCUCCAAUUCGAAACGAACAGGACAAAGUGGUUUUAUUUCUUUGCACCUUUAGUGACAUAACAGCUUUCAAACAGCCAAUUGAGGAUGAUUCAUGUAAAGGCUGGGGGAAGUUUGCUCGGCUAACCAGAGCCCUGACGAGCAGCAGGGGCGUCCUGCAGCAGCUGGCUCCCAGCGUGCAGAAGGGCGAGAAUGUCCACAAGCACUCCCGCCUGGCUGAGGUUCUGCAGCUGGGCUCAGACAUCCUUCCCCAGUACAAGCAAGAGGCACCCAAGACUCCCCCUCACAUCAUUUUACAUUACUGUGUUUUUAAGACCACGUGGGAUUGGAUCAUCUUGAUCUUAACCUUCUACACAGCCAUCCUGGUCCCUUACAAUGUCUCCUUUAAAACCAGGCAGAACAACGUGGCCUGGCUGGUUGUGGAUAGCAUCGUGGAUGUCAUCUUUUUGGUGGACAUUGUGCUGAAUUUUCACACCACCUUUGUUGGGCCAGCUGGGGAGGUGAUUUCCGACCCCAAACUCAUCCGCAUGAACUACCUGAAGACGUGGUUUGUGAUUGACCUUCUGUCCUGUUUGCCAUAUGAUGUCAUCAACGCUUUUGAGAACGUGGAUGAGGUUAGUGCCUUUAUGGGUGAUCCAGGGAAGAUUGGUUUUGCUGAUCAGAUUCCACCAUCCCUGGAGGGAAGAGAGAGUCAGGGCAUCAGCAGCCUGUUCAGCUCUCUGAAAGUUGUCCGGCUGCUCCGUCUGGGGCGAGUGGCCCGGAAGCUGGACCACUACAUCGAAUACGGAGCUGCGGUGCUGGUCCUGCUGGUGUGCGUGUUCGGACUGGCUGCUCACUGGAUGGCCUGCAUUUGGUACAGCAUUGGGGACUAUGAGAUCUUCGAUGAGGACACCAAGACGGUCCGCAACAACAGCUGGCUCUACCAACUGGCCAUGGACAUUGGCACUCCUUACCAGUUUAAUGGGUCCGGCUCAGGGAAGUGGGAAGGUGGUCCCAGCAAGAAUUCCGUUUACAUCUCCUCAUUGUAUUUCACCAUGACCAGCCUCACCAGCGUGGGCUUUGGGAACAUCGCCCCAUCCACAGACAUCGAGAAGAUCUUUGCAGUGGCCAUCAUGAUGAUUGGCUCACUUCUUUACGCCACCAUCUUUGGGAAUGUGACAACCAUUUUCCAGCAGAUGUACGCCAACACCAACAGGUACCAUGAGAUGCUCAACAGCGUCCGGGACUUUCUGAAGCUCUACCAGGUGCCGAAGGGAUUGAGUGAGCGAGUCAUGGAUUAUAUCGUGUCCACCUGGUCCAUGUCCAGAGGCAUCGACACAGAGAAGGUCCUGCAGAUCUGCCCCAAGGACAUGAGAGCCGACAUCUGCGUGCACCUGAACCGCAAGGUGUUCAAGGAGCACCCGGCUUUCCGGCUGGCCAGCGACGGCUGCCUGCGGGCUCUGGCCAUGGAGUUCCAGACGGUGCACUGCGCCCCGGGGGACCUCAUCUACCAUGCAGGAGAGAGCGUUGACAGCCUCUGCUUUGUGGUUUCCGGCUCCCUGGAGGUGAUCCAGGAUGACGAGGUGGUGGCCAUCCUAGGCAAAGGAGAUGUAUUUGGAGAUGUCUUCUGGAAGGAAGCCACCCUUGCCCAGUCCUGCGCCAACGUGCGGGCCUUGACCUACUGUGACCUGCAUGUGAUCAAGCGGGACGCGCUGCAGAAAGUGCUGGAAUUCUACACAGCCUUCUCCCACUCCUUCUCCCGGAACCUCAUUCUCACUUACAACUUGAGGAAGAGGAUCGUGUUCCGGAAGAUCAGCGACGUGAGGCGGGAGGAGGAGGAGCGCAUGAAGCGGAAGAACGAGGCCCCCCUCAUCUUGCCCCCCGACCACCCUGUCCGCAGGCUCUUCCAGCGCUUCCGGCAGCAGAAGGAGGCCCGGCUGGCCGCGGAGCGGGGCGGCCGGGGCCCGGACGAGCAGGACGUGGAGAGGGGCAGCGUCCUCGCCGAGCACGCCGCGGCCGGCCGCAGCCUGCUGGGGGCCGGCGUGGUCACCGUGCGCGAGAGCCCCGCCACGCCCGUGGCCCUCCCCGCGGCGGCCGCCCCCGCCGGGGCCGACCGCGCGCGGCUGCACGCGCCCGGCAACGAGUGCCUGGGCCCCAGGCCGGGCGGCGGCGACUGCGCCAGGCGCAAGGGCUGGGCCCGCUUCCGGGACGCGUGCGGGAAGGGCGAGGACUGGGGCGCCGUGUCCAAGGCCGAGUCCAUGGAGACGCUGCCCGACAGGACCAAGGCCUCGGGCGAGGCCACGCUGAAGAAGACGGACUCGUGCGACAGCGGCAUCACCAAGAGCGACCUGCGGCUGGACAACGCCGGGGAGGCCCGGAGCCCCCAGGACCGGAGCCCCGUCCUGGCCGAGGUCAAGCACUCCUUCUACCCCAUCCCGGAGCAGACGCUGCAGGCCACCGUCCUGGAGGUGAAACACGAGCUGAAGGAGGACAUCAAGGCCUUGAACACCAAAAUGACCAACAUUGAGAAACAGCUGUCUGAGAUACUCAGGGUAUUAACUUCCAGAAGAUCCUCUCAGUCUCCUCAGGAGCUGUUUGAAAUAUCGAGGCCCCAGUCCCCCGAGUCAGAGAGAGACAUUUUUGGAGCGAGCUGAAAGGUCUUUUCGGGAAAAUGUCAAAGACCAAAACCUAGCACCCCACCCUGGACCCGACCCCGGCCUCACACACCUCCACGACCAACAACCUCCAAAGCAGGCUUCCCCUCCCCGGCAGAAAAUCCAAGUGGGACCCGCUGCCUAGGCGCACACUCUCUGGGGAAAUACGGGGAGCGGGGUGUGCUGUCACCUUGCGAGAUGGCGGCUGCAUCCGAACCGUCUUGGCACAAUUUUGGAAAAGGGAGCGUGCUGUCUAAAGGGUAUUUUCCUUCAUUUCUAGUUUUUUACUGCCAUGAUAUUUGUAAAAGAAGAAAACUACCAGAAAAGAGCAGCAGCCUUUCGGGGAUUGGGGGGAGAGCACCGGAGAACCCCUCCCGUAUAUACCAUGUUGGGCUUCUCCAGCCAGACCUCCGAAGACUGCGGCGACUGCGGUGGGCACAGGGAUUUCCCAGCAUUCCCUGUCCCUGUACAGCCUGCGCCCGACGUCAUCAUGUAUUUUCCUACAAUAGUCGUUUGUACCGAGCUGGGGACAAAGGGGCGCUUGACGGACAGGGAGCGUAGAGCCUUUCAGCUUCCUGUCUCUAAUGGUUAAGGCCAAAGAGCAGCUGAGGGGCUGUGGGUGCCUCCCAUAGACACCUACAGCCGGGAAUCCUCAGGCCUCCUUUCCCAAAAGGGGUCAGCCAAGCGUAAGAGCUGGACAGGGGCCCUGGGGAUCCAGAGAUUCUCUGGGCUGUGCCCCGCAGCCCGCUCUUAGGGGUGGCCAGUACAGUAAGGAGGGCUCCCGAGGCCCUGCUCCAUGCCCCUGGGCUCAUCACACAGGCUCCUUUGUCUCCCUCCCUCAACCCCUUUCCAAAUGUUCCUGUGGCCAUUCCUCAGGGUAUGGGGCAUCGGCAGGAAGGGUGACGAGCCCAAAGUUGCUUUAUUAGCAAAGCAGGCACACAGAUACACACAUACAACCUCAAAAAAAUGAUUGUAGCAAGUGCUAUGUUUAUAUUAUAAUUCUCAUUGGGAUUACCCUUCAGAAAUUUGUAUAUUGUCCACUGCAUGGGAUCAUUAUAGGACAUUUGGGAGCCACUCUUGGCCUUAUUUUAAAGCUAACCUCUUUGUAUCCUACUAAAGUGAAUAGGACUUUGAGAGAAAUCCUGAGAAGAUUUCAGGGCCACAAUCAUACUUGCUUCAGGAGCUGGAAAGAGAGAACAAGGCAGCGGGUUUCAAGCUGUCUCUGAAAGGUGGUGCAGAGAGGUGGCCAUGGGGCUGUGGUGUGCAGGGAAGUUCUGAGCACAGAGCAAAGACCAUGGGAGCCACCUAUGGGCCACCCAGGUCCCUAUGCCACUGUGCUGGGGGACACUCCACUGCCUCACAGUCACCUGGGGUCAGGUUCUUCAUGUGCUUGGACUUCCUUGAGUGGCAUCUGAGAAAGGAAAGAAGAGGUUUCUCCCAGGCAAAGUGGAGCUAGCCCACAUAUAUGUCCUGCAGGGAGGCUCAGAACCCUAAAAUUUUACAAGCGGAGUUGGAAGUUGAGCUCUGAAAGUUAGCUUUGAAGGAGUGGAUUAGGAGUGCAGGUGACUCGGACUAUUGAUGACAGCGUGGAAGCAUACAGGGCGCUGACCUGUGUGUGUCAUGCCACAGCACCCCAUCUGCAGUAGCCUGCCUGGUGUGGCUUUGAUGCAGAGAUUCUGAACUCCAGUGUCAAUUCCCCUCAGUGCAAAAGGGAAUCUGCCAGGUCAGGACUUGCCCUACAAAAGACAGUCAGCAUUUCUGAAAGCCUCCUGACUGCCCACCCUCCCAGCUGCCCCAUUAGUCCUCGGGGGGCCACGGCACGUCCCGGGACUUGGCCCUCAGUUAUCUGUGCAGAAGGGGGCUGACCUCUCCUGGCUACCCACGGUUGGCACAGAUGGCCCUGGGGAGCAGAGUCUGGGAGGUCGAGGGUAGGCUCCUUCCCCAGAGGCCCUGUACACUCACACAGCUUCUCAAGAGAGGCUUAUGGUAGCGGCCCCUGGCUUCUCGAGGCUUCGACAAUAUUAGAUUUAGCCUCAUGGGGCAGCAUACAAAGAAGAAGUGUAUUUUCACCAGGCUGUGUCAUGACUAUUUAUGACUCUGGAUGAAGCUGUGAGGUUUUCAGACUCUUAACAUUUUAGAAGCUGUCAAGUAGUCCUUGGGGUUGUAAAAUAUCUGGAAUCCUGUCUGCCCCCAAAACGUUCUAGUUUACCAUUCUUAAAACUUGCUCACUAACCUGCUUCUGAAUUUUAGGACCCACACUUUUAAGGCUGGGUAAGGGCCCUGAUAACACCACCAUCCAGCUUCAGAAGCACCUGCCUGACUCUCCAGGGACUUGAUGACAGCACCCUGCAGGCCAGAACAGAGAGGCCCUGCCCUUUCCUGCAGCUGUCUAAAGGAUGCAGUCUAGGAAAUGACUUCCCCUCUGGAACUGAAGGGCAAGGAUGCUCAUUGAUGAGUGAGGCUUUGAAGACCAGACUUGCUUGGGGGGAAAGGAAAGAUUCUUUAAGGUACUCCUGGAUUAACUAGGAUUCAGACCGGGCUAAUGCCUGCAGUCCUGUGGUGGGACUCUGCUCAUCUUGGGAUUGUCAGACCCAUAAUAUAUGCUCCCGUAGUGACAGCGAGAAUACCACAGGUGCAGCUCUGUAUGCUUUGAUUCUCCAUUUAAGGACUUUAGGGAUUUUUGCUAUAAUUGUUUUCACUGAAAAAAUAUAUAUAUAUUUUAAAUGAGCCAAACUUUCUCUCCUUUCAUUUUUCUGAUACGCACUUGGCCAUUGGCUGCUUUGUGCUAACUACCUACUUUUGCCCAGAUGUUCCUCUGGGUUCCCAAGCAAGGACCAGAGCUUCAGACACCGCUGACCAAACCUUCUGCUAUAAACCAUUAUCGGGUGGCUGCAGAGUGAAGAGAGAAGCAGAAAGACCCUAGGUAUUAGGCCGAAGUUUUAGAUUUCUGGAAAGUCACGCUGAGAGGUAUUCACCUGAGCUAGUUUUCCGUUUGGAAGACGGGACCUAAUGUAUUAUACCAUUAUGUAUUAUACCAUUGCCCAGUAAUUCUGGGUUACUUGAUCUCUUACUUAGACUCCAUACCUUGAAUGUCAUUCAGAGGAGGGUUCCAUUUCCCAGAGAGGACCCUGACAGGCUGCUUUGGAGCAGGAGGCUCUGCGCCUACACUAGGCUUCCUGUUGAA